AAGCCUUUUGUAAUACAAUACAAGUUUGCAUUUCUUGUUCUGCAGUACAAAUCUCAGAAACAAAAGAGUGAUCAACUUAAGAUCCUACAUCUGUACAGACAGACAGACAUACAGACCUUCAGGCAGACUUGGUCUAUAGAAAUAGGCCGUUUCAGUGUUCUGAGUGGAUAUGUGGAUAGGUAACUAACUCGAUGAUGUCACAAUGCCCCUUUUCCAGGGACGGAGCACUAGUUAUUAUAAGGGAACAUUAUGAGGUAACAUGUUGCCAAGGAAACACACUUAUGUCAUAAUCUAAGACCACAUUAAAACUGUCAGACAAGCUCAGGUAGAGCGCAUUAGCUACAUUUGAAUGAUCUCUCAACCGAUAACUGAUUUGAUUGAUUACAACAAUACCUUGUUACAACAACCUUGUCGUGACAUGGGUCAGAGACUAAGUGACCCUGUCCCUGAGGUAUCCCCUAGGGAGAAUCCAAAGGAGACACAGGAACAUAAAGAUAAACCCAAGGAGAAGAGGAUCCCUCAAGCCCUGACCUUUCUUCAGCUGUUUACACUGCUGAGCUGCGUCAAGGUGAAGAAAACACCCUUUGAUCCCUCCCAGAGUGGUGAGGGGAGAAAGGGAACGACGAUAAACGAGACGAACAACAAUAAUGACUCUGAUACUGGCUUGGACUACUCUGCAGGUGACGUGAAAAGGAUCAAGGACAAGAGUAAAGGAAAGGUUGGGGGAGAGAAACAUUGCAUUGAAUCUCAGGACCACAAAUGCAGAACCACACCGGAAAAAGAAAAAUACAUUAAACAAAGACCUAACUCGGUCUCCCCCAAGGAGAAAGCAAAGGAGACCCAGCAGAAAGAGAAGAAGAGCACCCAUCCAGCUGUGGCGGCCCUGCAGCUGUUCACUCUCUUCUGCUGUGGUGGGAAAGUCAAGCUGAGGAAGACUCGUCCCUCUCAGAACAGACAGAGUAGAAAGGACCAGGACAAAGAUAAUGCAUCUGAUACUGGCUCGGACUUGUCUGGAGGUGAUGUUACAACCAAAAGGGUAAAGGACAAGAGUAAGGGAAAGGUGGGGAGGGAGAAAGACCAGACUGAAUUUCAGCUGUUGAAAUCAUCUCAAGACCACAAACCCAUAAGUACAACACCAGAAACAGACAAGGGAACUAAUUCGGGACAAAGACCUAACUCUUGGUCUGAGCGAAAUGGAUAAACUACUGUGAUCCAUCCACUAUCACUAAUCGCUUCAGCGGAUGACACACAGAGUAAUUAUCAGGCUGACAUGUAGCACUUAAAAACGGACUCUAACAGGCGCUGAACCAGGGAGGCUUGCUAUCUCUUUUGCUAAAUGUGGCAGCGAUCUGCUUUUAAUAGUGCAGACAUAGAGGAGGUAUGAAUAGACAUGUUGCCAUGACUCUUACCCACUGGGCUGCAUGUAUUCACUGAGUCGACUCUUGGACUACAACAAGCAUGUAUUCUGAUUGCCAACUGUAGUAGUCUUGUCACGACUGUCGGAUGAAGUAGACCAAGGUGCAGCAUGGUGAGUGUACAUUUUCCUUUUUAUUGAAUGUCGCCAGCAAAACCAAUAAACAAUACAAAACGACCGUGAAGCUUACAGGGCAAAGUGCCACAAACAAAGUUAACUACCCACAAGGACAGGUGGGAAAAAGGGCUGCCUAAGU